AUGAGUGCCAAUGGACUCUUACGCAAGGACCAACUCGAGCUCAGUCUCCACGAUGAGAAGAGGCUGAUCGAAGAAGGUAUUCUCAAGGAAGAUAAUCCCCUCGACUUCAGCAUCAAUUUCCAGAGACUAUGCGACGCUUGCAGAAGAGGAGACCUCAAGCUCUGUCAGGAGAUGAUUCAAGAGGGGGCAAACAUUAAUGCAAAAGAUCAAUAUGAUUAUACUCCUUUGAUUCUGGCUAGCCUGUGUGGACAUUAUGAAGUUGUACAACUAUUGUUGGAAUCAGGCGCACUGUGUGAGCGAGAUACAUUUCAGGGCGAGAGAUGUCUUUAUAAUGCUUUGAACGAUCGUAUACGAAAUCUCUUGUUACAAUACGACUAUUCCAAGUCGACCGAUCCCUUGCAGCCACUAGCGUCACAUUUGAUAUCGUUGCUCAGCAGAGACCAUCCCAAGACUCAUGAUAUUACCGUCGUCACUCCCACCGAGUCUUUCCGGCUGCAUAAAUUCGUCCUCUCCGCUCGCUCUCCCUACUUCAAGAGCAAACUCAGCCAGUCCCCAGACACUAAGCUCUGGAAACCUGCCCCCACGAUCCCUCCACAGUCAUUUGCCAUUGCCCUGAAACAUCUGUAUCUCGGGGAAGUGCCCAGAGAUCUUGGAGGAGGGCCGGGCACAGGCUUCACAGACUCGGAGAUUCUUGCCGGCGUCGACCGGAUAAGCAAGCAUUUAGAGAUCCACAACCUUUCACAGUUAAUCCUCGACAGUAAUGACCGUCGGUUAGCACGACAAAGACGCCAGGACGAAGUCCAACGGGGUCGCGACCAACUGGAACAGUGGUUUCGCGAGAACGUCUUGAAGCACGCAAUCGAAGUUGACAUCUCACGAGCUGAUGAUGUCAAGUGGGAUCGCGACAAUGGCAUUUUCGCAGACGUGCUUCUGCGUGCUGACGAGGACGAAGAUGAAGAAGAGAUCGCUCCGGAGCGACAGCCCCAGCAAUCUCAAUCUGCCACAAAUGCGCUGGGCAUUCCGAUUGACCAAAGGUCCAACACCUCGCGCUCGCCCUCACGCUCCAGGAAACCACGCAAAUCAAAAAUCUACCCUUGCCAUAAAGCCAUGCUCAUCCGCUCUGAAUACUUUACGACCAUGUUUGAGUCCUCCUUCCGCGAAGCCCAGGACACGCCGCAUCUUCAGAUCGUGCCCAUCGACUGCAGCCCCGAAGUCCUGGAAAUCAUAUUGACAUUUCUGUAUGCCGAGAAAGCGGACUUUGGGCUGGAUGUCGCCGUCGACGUCCUCUUCGCCGCGGACAUGCUGUUCCUGGAGAAGGUGAAGGCGAAAGCGGCACUGGUCAUCUCUUCACUGGGCAGUGGGAAUGCCAUGGCCAUGCCGACCGCCAUCUCGCCGGAGUUGGCGACCGAGAACGGCACAAGCGCCACUCCACCUGAAGGAGAGGAGGAUCUGGACAUCUACGAAAUCCUGCGCGCCGCCUGGUUUACCCGUGUGCAACGCCUCGAAGAGUUCGCCGCCCGUUACAUCGCCUACCGCCUCGAGUCCUACAUUGACGAUCCGGACUUUGCCGAGCUGGUGAAGGAGUCUGCCAGCCGGAUCAGCGCGAGGCAGGAAACCGACUCGAUCGAACUGCUGGACGACAUUCGGUACUAUCUGAGUGAAAGGUUCCGAUUGAGAUUCGAAGACUCGGGUCUUGAGGAUGUCAUGGACGAGGAGCAGGCCAUCAUGGCCGAGACCCUCGCUCAGUCACAGUCACAGUCGCAGGGACAAGCGCAGGUACAUUCCGCUGACGAGUCAACCACCGCAGCCCCCGUCUCACUACCGCAGUGGGGUUCCCAGACGACGGCAACACCGGCGGAUUCGCAGCAAAAAGGACCACAGUUUCCCGACGACGAAGGCGUCGACAUGUCCACGCCCACCCCUGCUCCCAUCGCUGACCCGGACUCUGUCGAGGCGCUACUCCAGUCCGGCGCCGUGCGCACCCUGGACGGCGAGCUCGCGGGCGACGAAUUCGCCGCCGACGCCGUCAACUACCAGAUCCUCCUGGGCAAGAUCGACCGUCUGCUCGAGCAGUUGAAGCUGGACGCCUAG